CGCUCAGUAGUCCCCCGUCAAUUAGAGUGUAAAAACGUUACGCUCCACGAAAACAGAUACGGAUUCGCUAAAAACGCCAGAAAUCAUCCGUAUCCGCCGUCAUCAGACAUCCGCUCGCAGGAUACAACCAAAAUAAUACAUAUACACACAGCCGCACAACGAAAGCGAUAAAGCAAAAUACAUAGAAGGGAACUAGCCAAAAACGUGGAAGUCCCUCGUAAUUGUGGAUUUUCGAGUGCUCCGAUUGAAAAUUCGCAAGUGCAAUGUGAAAGUCAGCUUAUACGACAGCUGAAUGUGUCAGUGUGUGUGUGAGUCCCCCACAGUGAGUGAGUGAGUGAGUGAGAGUGUGUGGGUGUGCAGGAGUGUGUAAAUGUAAAUACCACGAAAAUCGCUGAACGCCGAAAAAUAAAGCACAAGGAGGAGGCGGAGGAGAGGAGAAAUCAGAAAUCAACGAGGACGAAGCAACGGUACUUGUCCAGAGGCAGAAGAAGAAGAGCAGGAGCAACAGCAACCGUGGUAAGGCCGCAGGAGCAUUCCGGAGGCACAAGGACUCGUGGCAAGGAACAGGAGCAACAGUCGCGGAGGCAACGUCGAGACGCAUGCACGCUCCAUGUUCGCCGCUGGCUGAUGGCCAAAGGACUCGGAAUCGCAAUCGGAAUCGGGACGCCAACGAACGCAGCCGUCGAACUCAACUGAAUUGAGCGCCCAAAAAGGAAAGGAGAACCCUUGGCCGCAUCAAGCAUACGCCCCAUUGCGCACACCUGUGGACAGAGUGCAGCAUGUCAACUUCAAAGCAUCACCAUUACCGGGUCGUCUGCGUGUGGCUCCUCCUCGUCCUGCUAUCAUCGUCAUCAUCAUCAUCAUCGUGGGCCAGCGGCGCAGUGAGCGCGAUUGCGGAGCCAGAGGAGGCGGCAUUCCAAGGCCACUGUGGACACAACAGCCCCUGCGAACAAUUCUGCUACGAGAUCCACGAUGGAAUGUACGAGUGCGACUGCAUCGAGGGCUACGAACUGAGCAAGAAUGGUUACGGCUGUCAAGUAAUUAACGCCACUGCCAAUGGGUUGGAUGGGCGUGGCAAGUCGGACGAGGAUGUGCUGUACCAGAAGGGCGCCUCGUUUAGCGCCAAGUUGGCCAACGACGAUGGAGGCAAGUCGAUGGCUAAGUCCUCGUUCGGCGACUCCGCCUCGCAGUCCGCAUCGCCGACGGGCAACGGAAACGGGGAGGAUGAGUCCGGAUCGGAGGGCGAUAGCUACGAUUACGGCGAACUGGAGGACAGCAGCAAUUCGGAGACGCAGGAGCAGAAGCAGCAAUCGCUGAAUCUUCAGCAGCAGCAGCAGCAGCAACAGAAAGUCAAUUCAAACGAUUACUACAUAUCAGCGGAGAGCAUCAACUUCAAUUCGGAGUCCGAGGGUCAGGAGCAGGACGUGGCCGACUUCAAGGCGGCCAGCACCAAGCCCCCGACCUCAGUGCCCCCAACUCCACGAAGGAGCACCACAAGGAGCACAACCACAAGCACAACCACCUCGACCACCAGGAGAUCCCCCGUGGCAACCUCCUCGUCGAGGGGAAGCCAGAACCAAGUGGAUGUGGAUUACAACGAUGACUACGAUAGCUACAGCUACAAGUCGGACAUGUCCGUCUACGACGAUGUCAACAAUAAUCAAUUAAACUUAAGACGCAACAGCAAAUCGCAAACAUAUCAGCAGACAAGCAAUACGAACACGGCCAAGAACCGGAGGAAGAUGACGAACCCAGACGCAACCAGCAAUAAGGUCCAAAUGCAUAUCACGAGGGAGCCAAGUCGACUUGGCAACAUAUCAGCAACGGAGCAGAUUGGAGGUGGUGCAGCCAUGGCAACAGACAGCAGCUCACCCACUUGCAAUCUUGACUGUGGCUCCGAUGGAAUCUGUGCCUUGGAGGCCACUGCCGCCAGUUCCCGAUGUCUUUGUCCCUUUGGCAAAACAGGCAUUGGCUGCCAGGAGGAUAUCCGUGCCCAUGUCCCGCGUUUCGCCAAGCGAUCCUGGCUAGCUUUUCCGGCGCUCCAUGGCGCCUACAAACACGUUCAACUGCGCAUUGAAUUCCGUCCAGAGUCCUUUGACGGCAUUAUCCUUUUGAGCGGAGAACGGGACGAUCUCACCGGUGAUUUUAUGGCUCUUUUACUGAACAAGGGCUUCGUGGAGUUCUGGUUUGAUUGUGGCUCGGGAGUGGGUAGUGUCAGAUCCCGGGAGACCAUCCUCCUCAACGAAUGGAACUCGGUCAUUAUCUACCGUCAUCGUUGGGAUGCCUGGCUGGUGCUCAACCACGGAACAAAAGUUCAGGGCAGAUCGAAUGGCUUAUUCUCACGUAUUACCUUCCGGGAACCAGUUUUCCUGGGUGGCAUAGGUAAUAUUACUGGUUUGGCUAAGCGAUUACCAUUAGCGGAAGGAUUUGCCGGCUGCAUUCGUCGUUUUGUGGCCAACGAGCAUGACUAUAAGUUUACAGAGCAUCCGCUGGGCGAUGUCAUAAAUGGUUUUGAUAUCCAGGACUGCUCGACUGAUAAGUGCGUGAGAUAUCCUUGCCAACAUGGUGGCAAGUGCCUGCCCUCGGAUCAAGGAGCCAUAUGCCUGUGUCCCAUCGGUUUUGUGGGAGAUCUGUGCGAGAUUCGAAUGGACCUGCAGGUUCCCGCAUUCAAUGGCUCCUCAUUCCUGCGCUACGCUCCCUUGGGCGACACUGCGCUCAUCUGGUUGGAGCUUAAAGUGACCCUUAAACCCGAACAGGCAGAUGGCUUAAUCCUGUACUCAGGUCCAGAGCAUCGAGGAGAUUUUAUAGCACUUUACCUAAACGAUGGCUUUGUGGAGUUUGCCUUUGAUCUAGGCAGUGGUCCGGCUUUAGUGAGGAGUGAGCAUUCUCUGAGUCUGGGUCAAUGGCACACCAUAAAGAUUUCGCGAACAGCUCGUUUAGCAGUACUGAAGGUGGAUCAGCACCAAGAGGUCAUGACCAUCUCAUCGAAUGGCUUCUGGCACUUGUCGUUGGACCAGAAUCUCUUUGUGGGCGGAGUUAACCACGUGGAUCGUCUGCCGCUGGACCUCAAGUACAAGCCCUUCUUCGUUGGCUGCAUCCAGAAGAUUGACAUCAAUGGCCACUCGCUGGGCAUUGUGGCCGAGGCCCUGGGUGGCAGCAACAUCGGCAACUGUCCUCACGCCUGUGUGGCUCGACCAUGCGGUCCUCUGGCGGAGUGUGUGCCGCAGAUGGAGAGCUACGAGUGCCGCUGCAGCAUCCACAACGAGCGCUGCAACAAGGCCGCUGAGGUGCCACUGGAGCAGCUGCCCGAGUUGAAUCUCCGCAAGUCCAAGGUCCUCGAGACGAAGGACAAUGGCGAAGGACUGAAGAAGGUGUCUGGCCUGUCUUGGCACAAGAAGCAUUCGAAGAAGCACAGGAAUUUGCAUAAGCCAACCCCUGCCGCGAGCACAAGGACCUCAGCCCCAACCUCAACAUCCACCACCUCAACCACCUCGACCACUGAAACUCCUGUGAGAACGGAGGCAGCCACAGCGGGGUCGCUGAGCAACGAGGAAAUCGAAGAUGAUAUCAUAUUCCGCUUUGUGCAGCAGCAACAGCAGCAGAAGGAGCUCAAGAGGCAGAUGUCUACCAGCACCACCUCCACCACAGCUGCUCCACCCAAACCCAAACCUCGGUUUGCCGGAAAGCACCAGGCCAGCAAGCACGAGCACCACCAGAAGCCGAACGCCGCCUUUACCCACAAACUGAGCCGCCUGCCCACCCACUACGAGAGUUUCCAGACGAACCCCGACAGCGACAUCCUUACCUUCGAGGACAACAACGACUGGGUGGCCAGUCUGCAGCAGCAGGAGUACGGCGAUGCCAUGGCGGCCAGUCAGACACCGUUGGCGGUGGAGGAUGAGAACCCUGGCAACUCCAAGUCAAGCGAGAAUAACGAGGAUGAUGCGAACGCCUUUGUGUUCGAUGAGUCACUGUUCGAUGCCUCUGACGGCACGGAGGACUAUCAGCGGAAGCAACUGGCCCAGGACAUGAAACGCAUCAUGUCCAAUUCGAAUACCCACUCCAGUCACAAGAAGGCGGAGGUGCAGUUCCCAUCGGCAUCUAACCCGAAUGAGGGUUCCGCCAACGAUGAUUCCUCUGUGUACAGCGAUGACUACAGCGAUGAUGAGCUCCUCACGCCUGUGAUGCAAGCCGGGGAGGAAGUGAAACCAGAGCAGCACUCCUCCAGCACUCCGCAAACCCACACCGAUUGGAGCCUGCUCAAAAAGUUCGACUUGUCUGCGGAGCAUCAGUCGCAGGUUCAGGGGGUUCGCAAGAACUUCGGAGCCUGUUUCGCCGGUAGUGACAGCUACUUCCAUUACAACGACGCGGACACCAUGAGCCAGGUGAUCAGCUACAGCAUCGACCUCAAUCUGCGCAUCAAAACGCACUCGGAGAACGGAGUUAUCCUCUGGACAGGACGACAGGGAACGACGGAGGAGCACGACGACUACCUUUCGCUGGGCAUCGAACAGGGUUACUUACACUUCCGCUACGAUUUGGGAUCUGGUGAGGUUGACAUCCGCUUUAAUGGCACUAAGGUCAGCGAUGGUCUGUGGCAUCGUGUGAGAGCCAUCAGAAACUCCCAAGAGGGUUAUCUAGAGGUGGAUGGAAGGAAGACAGCCACUUUGCGAGCUCCUGGCAAACUACGUCAACUCAAUACGGACACGGGCCUGUAUGUGGGUGGCAUGCCCGACGUGGGUUACUUCACGCAUCAGCGCUACUUCAGCGGAAUUGUCGGGUGCAUUUCGGAGAUCGUGCUCGCCGGCGAAAUGAAACUGAACUUCGACCCGAACACGCUGGGAACAGAGCACAAUGUGGAAACGGGCCUCCUAUGAAACGCUGCACGCACGCCUCAAGACUUUUGAUAUCGACUAGUUUAAAUGUUUAUGUUAACCACACAAAUGUCCUUCGUCGGUUUGUGUUUGUACAAAUACGCUUUUAAAACGAAAAACAAUGAGAGAAAUCGCAGAGUUAGGUGAGGAACAUUUUUUUACACCAGAAGUCGGAGAAAGAACGAACUAAAUCUAGAAGGGAAACAUACUACAUAUUAUAUACAAGCAUAUUGAGUAUAUACAAAGGCAUACAUAGAUAUAUAUAUAUUUAAAAGCAGAGGAAUGAAACCAAAUCGAAAAAAAAAACCAAGGCACGCUUCUUAUAGAGCCUGUGACUGUCAAUACUUCAGAUCGGAAUAGUUUAUAUAUAACUUUAGCAAAGGAUUUAUAUCGAAGGAGUAUGUCAUAUAGAAUAUGAAACAAGAGCGGAAAAUCUGAGUAACCAAGCUGUCCAUUUGGCGCGAUUAGCGAUUGGCGAUAAGCAAAAAUUGACGAUUAACGAAUACCAAUAGCGAUACUUUAGUGUGUGGUCGCUUUUUUUUGAAAGAACCGUUACGCUUUAAAUGCAGAGCUGCCAUCUUUUUGUACCACACACACACACAGAAAGCACAGACUCACUAACACACGGUUACGAAUGCAAAUUGGCAAUUCUUUCGUUUUCGCAUUGCUGUACCUUAAACUAUAAACUGUAAACUGUAUAACUGUACAUUCUGUACUAUUUGGCGCUUCUUGGAAGGUCCUGUCCAAAAAACGAACGAAUCAAAGACCGGAAGGCGGGAAGAUGGUUUUAGAUGAGAUGAGGAAACAAACAUAUUAAGUGGUAAGUUAAUAAAUGUGUAGCGUGUGUAAUUAGCUCAUAAGUCGGCACAAUCACACUAAUACACACUCACACACCCACAAGGUAACACGGACACAACACACGCCUGCCUAUAUUUAACUUUUAUAUCAAAAUCGUAAGAUACUAAAAAGACACCAAAGAAACUUAAUACAUAAUUUAAACUAUUAUACAACACAAACAACAAUCACAAAAAGAACAACAACUAGCUAAAGGAAACCAAACAAAAAACGAAAGCAAAGCAAUUUAACAAUCCCAUAGCGAAAUUUUUAAAUGCGAAACAACAACUAAUCCGAAUAGCCUGUUGAAAAAAGAAAACAAUUGUAAAAGAGCGAACAAAGUAAUGAUAAAUAAAAAUAACUAAGGAGGGAAACGUUUGUAUUCGUCUUAUGAGUAUAAUUUUGUAGCUUAAUGAGAUAACAACCACGUAUGUAGUUAUAUAUACAUCAUAAACACAUAUGCGUAACUAUAUAUGACUAUGAGAAACUAUAGAAACAAUGGCGUAAAAUGAAUAAAGAAAUCACAACCACCAAUCAAUGUAAAACUAAAUUAAACGACAUUCAAUGUAGCUUAUUUAUAUGACAAAUGGAAGUCGAGGCAUUGAGAUAUUUAAUUUCGUACAUUGGUUUGCAGAAAAUAAAGAUAAAAAGAUUCU